AAAUUUGUCGCGAGAAGAGGCGGAGUAACUUAUUCAGAAAACUAAAGCAUAUACUAGAGGCGGGGCAGUAUUCCAGAGAAGAAAUUAAACGAACAAAUACAUUCAAGAUGGCAAAUGAGGCUGCACCUUGCCCCUGUGACAUUGGAGACAAGAUGGACUAUGGAGGAAGAGGAAAUGAAGUACAAAUUGAACACAUCAAUGCAUAUCUAACAAAACCAUCAGUCAAAACUGAUAAAGCAGUCAUUGUGAUACAAGAUAUUUUUGGAUGGCGACUUCCGAACACAAGAUACAUGACCGACAUGCUUGCACAAAAUGGAUACAUGGCCAUCUGUCCUGACUUUUUUGUUGGGAAGGAUCCUUGGAACCCCACUAAUGACUGUUUAACAUUUCAAGAAUGGCUUAAAGACAAGCAACCAACUGAAAUAAACAAAGAAGCUGAUGUUGUCCUGAAGUAUCUGAAAGAGCAAUGCAAUGUCACAAGGAUCGCUGUGAUUGGCUUCUGCUGGGGAGGAGUGGCCACUCAUCACUUGAUUCUGCACUACCCGGAACUGAAAGCUGGAGUUUCUGUUUAUGGAAUAAUUCGUGACAGUGAAUACCGAUAUAAUUUGAACAGCCCAACAUUAUUUAUUUUUGGUGAAAAUGAUGCUAUCAUUCCACUUGAUCAGGUGACCACCCUUCAGAAGAAACUGGAAGAAAGCUGUUCAGUUGAUUUUAAUGUCAAAAUCUUCCCCGGCCAAACACACGGCUUUGUCCACCGCAAGAGGGAGGAGAUCAACCCCAAAGAUAAACCUUACAUCGAAGAAGCAAGAACAGAUUUGCUUAAUUGGUUAAAGAAAUAUGUUUAAAAUGAACAAAUGAUGUCACAGAAUGCAGGGAAUAACUAUUUGGUGGCCUUUUGCAUACCAUACCUGUGUCAUCGUCCUCCAUUCGCCCCCACCCCUUUUUGUUAGUAAAGGGUCUUUUUUUUUUUUUUUUGUAAUUAACCCAGUGUGUCUGGUUUAUAGUUUCUUGAGAUCUAAUUUUUUUGUUGUUUUUCUAAGGUAUUUGGUGGUUCAUCCCAAAUUUAAUCAUCAUCAAUAGUUAGUCAUUUAUUAAAGCACCUAGCAUCAUAGUUGUGGGUGACAGGUUAAUGUAAUAAUGUUACUUUUGUCAAUAACAAGGUAAUACGACAGGUUCGAUUUGUAACAGGAGUAAUAUUACCGUUAUUUAACGUCCCGUUAUCUAAACAAAUCAAAUAUUAAAAAAAGCACCGUAUCACAGUCUACCAUUCUGCCAAGUAAUAAAGUGGAAUGGAGUAAUUGUAUGCUUUAUCCAAUAACAUUUCAGUUUACAAAAGUGCCCUUAUUUUCAAAACACAAUGUUUACUGGUAUAAAAAGGGCAGUUUGUUUAUACACCCCCCACUGAUGUCAUGAGCUUCAAAAUACUUAUAUUUGCACCUGGGAUAAUAAAAAACGACUGAUAAAGCAAGCAGAUGUCCAUUAAAAUUCCGAUGUUGACCAGUUAAUCUGGGUCUGGUAGACCAAAACGCACCAGAGGAAUUUAUGAGGUUAACUACCUGAAAUAUAGAGUAGCAUCGCCCUCUUGUGGAUUAUAAAGGUAGUGUUGUUAGAUACUCUCAAUGAUAACACUAUGUAACACAAUUUUUGUUCAUGGGUAGUAAGUGUUAUUUCCUAAUUGCUUAUG